AUGAAGGCACGCAAACACGUGUUCGCAUUUCUUGCCAGCAAUUGCAUGAAACCAGAACAGAGGGAGCCAUGUUUAGGUGGGACAUGCAAGGCAUCCGACAAGCACGCACACUCUCAUGCACACAGCACUGAGGGAGAAUGGAGAAUGGAAUCAACCCAAUCUUCAACCACUGGUACCGUGGUACCUAUGAGGCUUUCCACUCUGUCUGUUUAUUUGAUUGUCCCCCACUUUCAUAUCCAUCUAUUCAUCUAUGCCUUUAACCAUCCAUCGAACGGCACUGGCCGUGACCUCGUCGGACAUUUUGUAGCAGAGAGACUUCAGCUCGAGACCUGUCGACCUGACCCAAAUGCACAAGUGGCGAGAAAACGCCGUCCCCACGACCCACCGCGACCUCUGACCUCCAUUUUGGCACAGUUCACCCCCCCGACUGCAGGUCGCUCAGCAUCACGGACUUUGUGA